UCCGCGGUGUUUAUCUUCCAGGCCAAGCGGACCAAGAAGGUGGGCAUCGUGGGCAAGUACGGGACCCGGUACGGAGCGUCCCUCCGCAAGAUGGUGAAGAAGAUCGAGAUCAGCCAGCACGCCAAGUACACCUGCUCGUUCUGCGGCAAGACAAAGAUGAAGAGGAGGGCUGUUGGCAUCUGGCAUUGUGGAUCCUGUAUGAAAACAGUAGCCGGAGGGGCUUGGGCCUACAAUACCACCUCGGCUGUUACAGUGAAGUCUGCAAUUCGCCGACUGCGGGAGUUGAAGGAUCAGUGAGCAGUGGCUGGGGAGUUUUGAUCUUUUCCAGAGAUGCAUGUGUCAGCAGACUUGUUAAUAAAAGUUUAAAUGAAAAGGCA